CCCCCCCCCCACCACCACCUCAGCCUUCUCAAGUGCGUCUUUCCUUCAGAUUAAAAAAAAAAAAACCUGUUGCCAUCAAGUCAAUUCCGACUCAUAGUAACCCUAUAGGACAGAGUAGAACUGCCCCACAGAGUUUCCAAGGAGUGGCUGGUGGAUUCGAACUGCUGAUCUUUUUUGUUAGCAGCUGAGUCCUGAACUACUGCACCAUUAGGGCUCCUCCUUUGGAUUACCCUUUGCCUUGGAGUCGAUUCCGACUGAGAGGGACCUGAAAUUCAGCCCUCAUAUGACGUUGACUGUGUGUACUCUGCGUAUGUAGAGCUAGGAGCAUACUUGACUUGGACUCAGCCCUGCCGCUCAGCAAGCAGCUUUGUGACCACAAGUGAAGAAAGACUUGGGAAAGAAUGAGGAGAAAGGGCACCGGGGAGCCAUGGGACCCAGUGGAAGUGGCAGGAGGUAUGGGAAAAAGCUUUAGGGGAAGAGUUGGCAUAUACUGAGCCAGGCACUGUUGUGUUUUGCACGCAUUGUCUAUUUCUACCUUACAGCAGUACCUGCGAGGCACUAUUACUAUCCCCACUAUUCACAGAUAAGGGAACAGAGGCACGGUAAGGUUAAGUAACUUCCCCAGGGUGGCCAACCAAGAAAAGGGCUUGAGUUGGGUCUUUUAAAGAUGAGAAAGGACUGGAUGUGAAACUUAGUAAGUGCUUGGUAUGUUUUUGCUGAAUGAGCUAGCAAAUAAAUGAAUAACUGAAUGUUUAAGUAAAUAAAGUUAUGGCUGGUAAGUCAUGGGGGAAGAAGUGGGAUCAAGGAAGGCUUCGUGGAGAAGGUGCUGGAGCUGAGCCUGAGAAGAUCAGAGCAAGGCCUGAAGCUGGUGAGGAGGCUGUGACCAGGCUUCCUCCCAGCCCCUCCUCCUGCUCCUUUCACAUAAGAAGGCUCUGGUAAGUGCUAAGUUCAGGACAACAUUUUGCUCCCAGGUACGUCUCACUGUGUUAUUUGCUGUGAUUUGCAGCCACAGGGCAAGGUCUAGGUGGACAGACUUUUCCAUCCCCGAUUUGUCAAGGCCUUUCAAAACUCUCUUGGUAUGAAGAGAGCAGCCAGUGUGUCUGGAGCUUAACUUGGGGAAGCACAGCCAUGGUACUCUGGUGUCUCAUGCUGGGAGCCCUGUUGGUGGCCAUCGUGGGGUACUUCUGCCUGCCAGGGCUAUUCUGACAAUGCAAGCCCCAGGAACCCCUUCUGGACAAGGGUCCUGUACCCUGGCUGGGCCAUGCCAUGGCUUUCCGGAAAAAUAUGUUUGAAUUCCUGAAAAUCACGUGGGCGAAGCAUGGGGAUGUGUUCACUGUGUAGCUAGGUGGCCAGUACUUCACCUUUGUCAUGGACCCCUUCUCCUUUGGUCCCAUCCUCAAGGAUGUACAGAAAAAACUGGACUUUGUGGAAUAUGCCAGAGACCUAGUGCUAAAGAUAUUUGGAUACCAGCCAGUACAGGGAGAUUACCGUAUGGUACACUCAGCCAGCAUCAAGCAUCUGAUGGAGGCUGGCUUGGAGGAUCUCAGUGAAGCCAUGCUGGACAGCUUGUCAUUGGGAAUGCUGGGGCUGAAGGGCUGGAGUCCAGAAGCCAGUUGCUGGUGUGAGGAUGGCCUCUUUCACUUCUGCUACAACACCUUGUUCAAAGCCAGCUACCGAAGCUUGUUUGGCUAUACAGAGGACAAGGAGCAGGACCUGCUACAGGCAGAGGAGCUAUUUGUGGAGUUCCACAAGUUUGACAUCCUGGUCCCCAGAUCUGUCUACUCCCUGCUGGGGCCCUAGGAGUGGCUAGAAGUGUACCGGCUCCAGCAUUUCUUCCAUAAGGCGGUCUCUGUGAAACACAACCUGGAGAAGGAGGGCAUAAGCAACUGGUUAUGCCACAUGCUUCAGUUGCUGAGGGAGCAAGAAGUAGCCCUGACCAUGCAGGACAAGCUCAACUUCAUGAUGCCCUGGGUCCAGGCAAACACAGAGCCUACCACUUUCUGGGCCCCCUUGUUCCUCCUGAAGCACCCAGAAGCCAUGCAGGCUGUGAGGGAGGAAGCCACCAAGGUCCUGGGUUAGGCCAGGCUGGAGGUCAGGCAGUCCUUCACCUGUGACCUCAGUGUCUUGAAAUGCACCCCAGUGCUAGACGGCGUGAUGGAGGAGCCACUGUGUCUGGGGGCUUCACCCAACCUCGUCAGGAUAGUACAGGGUGACCAGAGCCUGAAGAUGGCCAAUGGGCGGGAGUACCUGCUCUGCCAUGGAGACAAAGUGGCUCUCUUCCCCUAUCUCUCAGUGCACAUGGACCCUGACAGUCACCCCGAGCCCACUGCCUUCAAGUACGAUUGCUUCCUCAACCCCAAUGGCAGCCAAAAAAUGGACUUCUACAAGGGAGGCAAGAAGAUUCACUACUACAGCAUGCCUUGGAGCUCAGGUGUCUCCAUCUGCCCCGGGAGGUACUUCGCCCUCAGUGAAACGAAGCUCUUCAUCCUACUCGUGGUCUCAUACUUUGACCUGGAGCUGGUGGACCCUGACACAACUGUGCCGCCUGUGGAUCCCCAGUGCUGGGGUUUUGGCACCACACAACCCGGCCAUGAUGUGCACUUCCGCUACUGCCUUCAGCCUGCUGAGUGACCAUGACCAAGCCUGCCACAAGCCUAGCCACAGAGGCUCUUGUGGGUUUCCCACCUCCUCCAGCUCUCCCUCUGCAGCCUCAGGCCUCACUAAGCUCCCCUCGCUCUGGUUCUGUGGCACCCCUUCUUCUGUCCUGGUUGUCCUCCUUUCUCUCUAGCCUCCUUCUAGCCAUCUCACAUGAUUAUCAUUCUCUCUUUAGGACAACUUCUCUCACAGUGGGAUCUACAGAAUCUUCCUUUUAUAGCUGGAGGGGGAAUAUCUGUGGGCAAAUCCAUUUGAGAAAUGAUGUGUGCCUUGAGAAGCCCUGUGGUACAGAAAGCAGUUGAGAGUAACAUAGCAUUUUUCAAACAUUAGCCUCCACCAUCCUCUACUCUGCUGUUUUUUUCCCCACAAGCUUAUUCCAUGACCUGUGGAAUCCAUGUUCUAUAACAGUGUUAUCCAAUAGAAAUACAAGCCAUGUGUGUAAUUUUAAAUUUCCUAGUAGAUACAUUAAAGAAAGUAAAAAGAAACAGAUGAAAUUCAUUUUUAUAAUAUAUUUUAUUUAACCCAAAGUAUCCCAAAUAUUAGCAUUUCAACAUGUAAUCAACAUAAAAAAUAUUAAUGGCAUAUUUUUAACCUUCCUUUUGUCAUACUGUCAUCAAAAUCUGGUGUGUACCUUACAUUUGCAGCACUUCUCAAUUCAGACUAACCACAUUCCACAGGAUCACCAGCCACAUGUGGCUAGUGGCUACCAUGUUGGAGA